GCCUCGCCUCGCAACGCUACAGCGAGUUGCCAUUUCUCUUCAAGAUCUUUUGGGAAACUAAUGGCAGCACUCUCUCGUCCCCAGGCCAUCGCCUAAAGUUUCCCCUAAUCCUCGCCGUUGUCGCGUACACUUACGACACAUUUGCGCAUCUCAAUGCGGCUCUUAGAGUAUCAAGACGAUGGAGAGCUCAGAGUCACCCCUGACAUAGUUGACGAAGACGCAAUACCUCCUUAUGCGAUCCUCUCUCAUACCUGGGGUGCCGAGGCGGAUGAGGUCACCUUCGAAGACCUAGCGAAGAACGCUGGCAAGGACAAGCCUGGCUACAAGAAGAUUAAGCUCUGUGAAGAGCAGGCAAAGCGCGACGGCUUGCAGUACUUCUGGAUCGACACCUGCUGCAUCAACAAGGCAAACAAGGCUGAGCAUUCGCUGGCUAUACAGUCCAUGUUCUCCUGGUACCGAAGCGCAGCGAAAUGCUACGUCUACUUGUCAGACGUGUCCGCUCCACCUCUUGAACCGGAAGAAAAGGCGGGUGUGCCCCUAUGGGACUUGAAUUUCCGAAACAGCAAGUGGUUCACGCGGGGCUGGACGCUGCAGGAGCUUCUCGCACCUGGCGUUCUCGAGUUCUUCUCAUGCGAGUGGCACAAGCUGGGUAACAGGGUAUCGCUGAAGUCUCAGAUCCACGAAAUUACAACUAUCCCACAUAAAGUGCUCGAAGGGGCCCCGCUCUCUCAGUCUAGCGUCGACGAGCGGUUCCGGUGGAGACAAAGUCGGGACACGAAGCUCAAAGAGGACGCAGCGUAUUGUUUGUCUGGCAUCUUUGACGUCGACAUGGCGCCCGUCUAUGGUGAAGGCACAGAGCAAGCAUUUAGACGGCUUCAUGACAAGAUUCAAAGCCGGGAAGAGAACCUCCGGAAGCAAGAGGAGUGCCUUCGUGACUUACGUCCUACCGAUCCCCGCAACGACAAGAAGCGCAUUGAGGACACAAAGGGCGGCUUGUUGGAGGGCUCGUACCGCUGGGUGCUUGACAACAGCAGUUUCCAGCAAUGGCACACCGACCCACAGAGCCGGCUGCUGUGGAUCAAAGGCGAUCCCGGCAAGGGCAAGACGAUGCUGCUCUGUGGCAUUAUCAACGAGCUGCACAAGACGGUCGCUAACACCGCGUCUGUAUCCUACUUUUUCUGCCAGGCCACUAACUCGCGCAUCAACAGCGCCACGGCUGUGUUGCGCGGCUUGAUCUACCUGCUCGUUAAGCAGCAACCGCGGCUGACGUCACACCUGCGGACGAGAUACGAUCAAGCGGGUGGUUCUCUCUUCCAAGACGCCAACGCCUGGGUAGCCUUGUCCGAAGUCUUCACAAGCAUGGUGCAGGAUGUGGGCUUGAAGGCAAGCUGUCUAGUUGUUGAUGCUCUCGAUGAAUGCGUGGUGGACCUGCCACAGCUGCUAGACCUGAUCGUCCGUACCGCGGCGUUGUCAUCUCGUGUAAAGUGGCUUGUGUCAAGUCGGAACGAGGGUCACAUAGAGCAGAAGCUCAAGUCGGUCGACAACGAAGCGAAGCUGAGCCUGGAGCUAAAGCAAAACGCGGAGCAGGUAGCUCGAGCUGUGGAUGCAUAUAUCGACCACAGGCUGUCUUGCCUCGAGUCGCUCGAAGGGGAUGGUCUGCGCGAGCAGGUGCGAGAUGAGCUGCGCCGCAAGGCGAACGGCACCUUUCUAUGGGUUGCUCUGAUGAUGCAAGAGCUUGAGAAGCCGGAAAGCUGGGACCCUUUAGCGGUAGUAGAGGAAGCGCCAGCGGGCCUGCCCCAGCUGUACGAUCGCAUGAUGGGCCAGAUCCAGCGGCUGUCGCCAAGGAAUGCGGAUAUCUGUCGGUCUCUACUCUGCACUGCAGCGACCGCAUACCGCCCGCUCUAUCUUGUGGAGAUAGGCAGCUUGCGUAAAUUGACAGGCCGAGCUACAGUCUUGGCGGAGACUGUAAGAAAGAUUGUAGCCAUGUGUGGUUCGUUCCUGACUAUUCGUGACGAGCAAGUCUAUCUCGUUCACCAGUCAGCCACGGACUAUCUAAGCGACAAGAUGCGAGCUGCAGCCCUUCCGUCUCAGGACGAGAUGCACUAUCACCUAUUUGCUCAGUCACUCGAGCUCAUGUCCAGCACACUAGAACGUGAUAUGUAUAGUCUAGGUGAGCCAGGCUUCUCGAUCGAUGAGGCUGAAACACCCAAUCCUGAUCCGCUAGCAACUAUGCGCUACUCGUGCGUUUACUGGAUCGAUCAUCUGUACGACUCGAAGCCUAAGUCUUGGGCACACGGUGUUAGUGACCUGAAAGUCACAGACGUCAUUAAUGAGUUUAUAAGGAAGAAGUAUCUCUAUUGGCUAGAAGGGCUCAGUCUGUGCAGAAGUAUAGGAAAAGGGGUGGUUUCGAUGGCGAAACUAUGGUCUCUAGUUCAGAUGCAGGAUUACGAUAAGCUUACCAGGCUUGUUCAAGAUGCUAGCCGAUUCAUCAUGUACCACAAAGGGGUAAUUGAGAAUUACCCUCUGCAAACAUAUGCAUCUGCGCUGCUUUUCAGUCCGACAGGGAGCGUGACUAGAAGGCUGUUCCAGCACAAAGAGCCAAACGGGAUCACUAUUAAGCCAGCGAUGAGCGACGGCUGGAGUGCUUGUCUGCAGACGCUCGAGGGCCAUAGCAGUGCUGUCAGCUCUGUAGCCUUCUCGCACGACUCGACCAAGCUGGCGUCGGCGUCAUACGACAACACCGUCAAGGUGUGGGAUGCGAGCAGCGGGGCGUGUCUGCAGACGCUCGAGGGCCAUAGCGAUUGGGUCAGGUCUGUAGCCUUCUCGCACGACUCGACCAAGCUGGCGUCGGCGUCAUACGACAACACCGUCAAGGUGUGGGAUGCGAGCAGCGGGGCAUGUCUGCAGACGCUCGAGGGCCAUAGCGAUCUUGUCAGCUCUGUAGCCUUCUCGCACGACUCGACCAAGCUGGCGUCGGCGUCACACGACAAGACCGUCAAGGUGUGGGAUGCGAGCAGCGGGACGUGUCUGCAGACGCUCAACAUCGGCAGGCCUCUUUACAGCCUAUCCUUCGAUUCCACCAGCUCCUUUCUUCAUUCCGAGAUAGGUCGCAUUGCCAUACACAGCCCGGGAACUUCUAGCGAGGUAGCUGUCGUGGAAUCUGAACCCCCUCUGUAUCUAGGCACAAGCCUCAGCUCCGAUUGCAUGUGGAUCAAGUAUGACGGCAGAAACGUGUUGUGGAUACCAUCAGAGUAUCGACCGUCAUGCUCUGCAGUGUGCGGGAACACAGUCGGUAUGGGCGUGGGGUCUGGCAGAGUGUGGACCUGCAGUGUUGACCCAGACACCGACAUGUGUUCUUAGCAAAGCGUAGACAAAAGCUGAUCGCCCCCUGCUGUACAUUGACUCUUUUACACUCUGCUUUUCAGUGCCUAUAGGGAUGCACAUGAGCACACAAGUUGCAUAUCAUAGCAUAGCUUGCAGCGUUCUGGGGAAAUAACUAACGCCGAGUCAUUAUCAAUGAACCCUGUGUUUUAUGCUCUUGCUGUUUUCGGUGCUGUGCGCAGCAUAGAAAGGCAUGCAGGAGAGGUGGGGAAACCAGACUGGGGCGCGCGUGAAUACCACACAUCGGCACGCGGUCGUGAAUGCUUUUGGAAAGCUACCAGCUUGCGCCACAGCUAUUCUUGGUGAUUGUUCUGCUGUAGGUAAGAUCGCUCUGUGAGAUCUUCGCUCCCGACCGGCGAAACUGCCGGACUGUACACUCCUUUAGGCAGACAGCUUCUAGGGCCCAGGGGUACAAUCUUCCACAACUUCGCUUCCUCUCAGACCAUCCGAGUCUUACUGAGAUUCCU